UUUUUGCAUCGAAAGCUGUCGGAGUACCAAAUUUCCCCAUUCAUUGAAAGCCACUGAAAUAACGUCAAAGGAAAAGGGCAAGGCACAGCAUUGGACUAACACUUGGAAGGAACAUCAUGUGGCAUGAAGUUAGAGCCAAUGAGAAAAGGAUCAAAGAGUUAAUGGUGGACCAUAAAAAGCGAGCCGAACGUCGACGAGCUUACUAUGAUUCACAGUUGGGAGAUCCCUUGCAACUGCUUCGAGUUACGGGGUCAGCACUCAAACUUCAUCCUGAUGCUGAGCAGUUUUAUUACCACGAAAAUACAGACAAUCUUAUGCCCUGGCAAGGCAAUUCCGCCAUAAAGAUCGAUCGAUUCGACGGUCGUUCGUUGUUGGAUUUCAUUACCGAACCUUCUACAGCCAACGGCAUGAACCAAUUGCCCGACGACGAAAGCGAACUUCUCAACGAUCUGAACUUUGAGCGUUAUCAGGACUUGGUCGAAGCUGAACGGUUGCAGAUUUUGGAAUCCGAGCGCCUAAGCCAGGUUGAAGAGGAAUGGACAAAGCUGUUGGACCGUCAUAAAGCGCUCUUGGCGAUGAUAAAUCCAAGGAAAGACGAUGCAAACUCUCGGGGAUUUGCAUACGACUAUGGGACCACCAUUGUGAACGAUGACGCACCGCAGGACGAAGAAUCGGAAUUGCUUAAAGAGACGGAUAUUCUACGAUAUGUCGAUGAUUUAACAGACAAAGACAAGGAGAUUUUGAAUGACAUGUCAAGGAAGUAUGGAAUACGGAAUUACGCACGUUUGCUACGAGUAGCCAAAAGGGACCGAGAUGAACAGUUGCGAGAAUUGAAAAAACGACAAGAGCAUCCAGAUGCCAAAUCGGGUGAUCAUUCGGGCCGUCGUGGCAGGGAUUCAAGGCGGAGGCGGUCAAUGACUGAGACAAGGCGAAGAUCAGGACGCGAUAGUCCCACCUAUGAGCCAUAUGGAGACGCUUCGGAUAGCGACUCAUCAGCCGAUGAAAAACGAUCUGAUUUUGUCAUUGAAUUUGGGACGGAAAACGCUACUUCAGGCUGGACUCCAGUAGAUACAGAGGGCGAAAAAAAUAUGGAUCCGACGAUGAACAUGAUCGAACGAAGCACUGUCGAAAAAGGUGCGGCCAAAGAAAACAAGGACGAUAGAAGACGACGGGAAACACAAUCGACCAAUGCUGGACCCAGUAGCAGCAUGGCACCCACCAACACCGAAAAAGAAAAAAAGUUGACGCCGAUGGAAAAGCUCAAAUUAAGGAUGAGAGCGGGGCUAGAAAAGCAAAUCAAACUGGAUGAACGAGAUCGGUGGAAAAAGGAACGGGAAAAGGAGAUGGAUCAACUGCAAGACUUUGUGCGCGAUAAAAAUAUUCCGUUUACCUCAACCUAUGGAAGUCGUCCACCGCCACCACCUCGUAAAUCCAGUCCGACCAAAUCAUCCUCAACUGAGGCACAUAAUCAAUCCAGCAAAGAACCGCAAGACAGACGUUCCAGUUAUCGGUCAACGUCCAGAUCCAGAUCCAGAUCCAGAUCAAGGUCGCGUUCUCCCUUGGAGCGCAAACGAAAACGAUACCGGUCACCUAGUACUUCGAGAUCCAGGUCGAGAUCUAGAUCCAGAUCAAGAUCACCUAGCCGACGUAAUAAAUCGUAUCGGUCGACACAUUCUCGUCGUUCAAGAAGCCCGAGAAAACGACAUCAACGGACUAGUAGACCAUCGGAUGAGCGUGAAGAAGAACGUUACUCUUCUUCACAAAGACGACGUUCUACGGAAAGACGAUCGCGUCGUUCACGGUCAAGAAGUCCGUCUCGAAGGAAGCAUCGAUCGCACAGAAGCAGAUCACAUUCCAGGUCCAGAAUACGGAAGUGAUGAUAGAAAAAGAAAAUUAAAUUUACAAUAAUGAUUUGCAUCUACUA